CAAGAGGCAACUUCAAACAAUGAUAUCCCAAAAGCUCCUAAACCUGAACCUCCUGUACCAGAGACUAAGGAAACUUCACCAGAACGUAAUUCAAAGAAGGAGAGAGAAAAGGAAAAGGAGAAGACUCGUCAAAGAUCCCCAACUCGGUCCAAGUCAAGGUCAAGAUCUCGAUCACGUUCUCCAUCUCAUUCUCGACCAAGAAGGCGUCAUAGAUCACGGUCAAGGUCUUACUCCCCUAGAAGGCGACCAAGCCCGAGACGACGGCCAUCUCCCAGGAGAAGGAGCCCUCCAAGGCGAAUGCCUCCCCCCCCCAGACACAGAAGAAGCAGAUCCCCUGUGAGGCGGAGAAGACGGUCAUCAGCAUCCUUAUCUGGCAGUAGCUCUUCCUCCUCCUCCUCACGUUCCCGGUCACCACCAAAGAAACCACCUAAAAGAACUGUAUCCAGUCCUCCUCGUAAAACACGUAGGCUCUCUCCUUCUGCCAGCCCUCCUAGGCGGAGGCACAGACCAUCCCCACCAGCAAGUCCACCACCAAAACCACGCAGGUCUCCAACACCCCAGCAGUCGAACCGUGCAAGGAAGAGCCGUGGCUCUGUUUCUCCUAGCAGAACAUCAGCACCCAAACAUAAGAGUACUGAAAAAAGAGAAUCUCCUUCGCCAGCCCCAAAACCAAGGAAAGCAGAACUGUCUGAAUCGGAAGAAGAUAAAGGAGGUAAAAUGGCUGCAGCAGACUCUGUUCAACAGAGGCGUCAGUACAGACGGCAAAAUCAACAGUCUUCAUCUGAUUCUGGUUCUUCGUCAUCAUCUGAAGAGGAAAGACCUAAAAGAUCCAAUGUGAAGAACGGGGAAGUUGGUAGACGCCGACGCCACUCGCACUCACGCAGUCCAUCACCAUCUCCACGAAAAAGACAGAAGGAAUCCUCCCCUCGGAUGCAGAUGGAAAAGAGGUGGCAAUCGCCAGUGAUGAAAAGUAGGAGGAGGAGAAGUCCAUCGCCCCCCCCAGCGAGGCGGCGGCGCUCUCCUUCGCCUGCCCCUCCUCCCAGGCGGCGGCGGUCACCUUCCUUACCUCGGCGAAGGUCUCCAUCACCACCCCCGCGCAGACGCUCCCCUUCUCCACGGAGAUACUCUCCGCCGAUCCAGAGACGAUAUUCUCCUUCCCCACCACCGAAGAGAAGAACAGCUUCUCCUCCUCCCCCACCUAAACGAAGGGCAUCCCCUUCUCCGCAGUCGAAGCGCAGAGUCUCCCACUCACCACCUCCAAAACAAAGGAGCUCGCCCACCGCCAAAAGGCGUUCGCCUUCGAUAUCUUCCAAGCACCGGAAGGGAUCUCCUCCCAGUAGGUCCAAUCGGGAAACACGUUCACCACCACAAAACAAAAGGCAUUCACCUUCACCACGGCCUAGAGCUUCUCAUACCUCUGCAAGCCCACCACCACCACGAAGGGGAGCUUCAGCUUCACCCCAGCGAAGACAGUCUCCGUCUCCAAGCACUAGACCCAUCAGGAGGGUGUCGAGAACGCCAGAACCUAAGAAGACAAAGGCUUCCACACCAAGUCCACGAUCUGCAAGACGGGUGUCUUCAUCACGGUCUGCAUCAGGAUCACCCGAGCCAGCACCGAAAAAACACCAAGGACCUCCCUCUCCCACUCGGUCUCGUUCUCCUUCUGCAAACUGGUCACCUGCAAAAAAGGCUAAAAGCCCAACUCAGAGCCCGUCACCUGCAAGGAAUUCAGAUCAAGAAGGGGGUGGAAAGAAGAAGAAGAAAAAGAAGGAUAAGAAGCAUAAAAAGGAUAAAAAGCACAAGAAACACAAAAAACAUAAGAAGGAGAAGGCUGCGGCGGCUGCAGCAGCUGCUGCUGUGGCUGCAGCAGAUACCACCUCAGCACAGGAAGACCAGGAAGCAGAGACAGAACCCAAGAAGGAGACAGAAAGUGAACCCGAAGACAACCUUGAUGAUCUAGAAAAGCACCUGCGAGAGAAGGCACUGAGGUCGAUGAGGAAGGCGCAAGUGUCACCACCAUCCUAGGCUGAAUCCUUUGAUAUAAUGUACAUUUUAUUUGGUUUGUACUCAGAAUUCAAUUUCAAAUUGCUAAAUGUGUUUGAGCUUUAGAAUAUAACAUUUGUUGUAAUAAUUGCUAGGUUGAGGUUCACCAUGUACAAAGGGCAUGGAUUUACAUUACAAAAGGUGUCCACAGUGUACUAGUGACAUUCUUUCAUUGACAGUCAACAUAAUUUCAUUUAGAGCGAGACUUUUUAGAAGCAGUAGGAAUUUGUUUUGAAGGUUUUAAACAUGACCGUCAAUUCCCUAGUUUCUUUGAAAUUCAACAAAGACUUUAGCAUAAUUUGUGAGGGUCUCAUUUGACUUCUUUUGUAUCCUCUUACAUUAUGCUACUAACCUUUGUGGUUUGUAAGCUUGCCCAGAAGUAAAACCACUGCAGAAUUACUGAGGAAGUACAUAUAUUUUAAUGCUUUCUACUGUUGCCUGUAUAGUCUCCAUUAAAGCGAAUCGAGAGUAGCAGUUUAGAAUGGUACAUAAAUGAAAGCAUGUUGUUUACCAGGACACUGUGGGUUUAUAUUGAUGUAACAUGUUGAUUUGGAACACUGGAAUUUCAUUUGUAUUUUUAUGUUCUUUUUUUAAAGGGCAGUUUCCAUGAUCAGCAGUCCCAGAAAAAGAAAAAAAAAAAAAAAAUUCCUUCAGUUACAUAAAUUUUGUUUGUGAGAUGUCGUUGCCCCAUUCAUAAAUCUUGUCUCGUUACGGUUCUUCUGAAUGGUAUAAGCAACUUUCAGAGAUGUGGUCUUUGAAAGUUUGAGGAACCUGAACUUUGGAUAUUGUCAUGUUUUCACUGUUUUUUGUUUUUGUUUUUUUAACUAAAGCUAUAUAAAGCUUGUGGAUUAAACAAAAUAAAUUUCUAAAUUUAAACAGAUGUUGGCUAUUUUUGUAUGAACAUUUACAUUUGCUAAUCAGCUUUCUUUUGUACAGGGUUAAUGAAUACACAGAUACAAAAUGUAUUUGGUCCAGUAGGCUGGCUUCUGAAAAAUUGGGGCUUUUGUUUUUAACUGUCCUGGGGUAGCAAAAAUAGCCCUUUGUUAACUCAGUGAUGCUCCUGUUGUGUCUGGGUCGGUGUUCUUGCAAAGCAAGAGUAAAACAGUCUACCUGGUCAGCACUCUGUCAGGAUGGAUCAGCUUAAAACAAACACACACAACAUUUGCUGGUGAAAAUUGCUUGUCUUAGCAAGUAAAACGUUUCGAGGUCCUGAAAAAAAAAAAAAAAAACCCAAACAAAAAAGAAUGGCAGGUUUGCAUUAACUUAGUUACAAGCUUUAGUCAUGGAAACACUGGUUGGAAUGCUCAGCUAAAGAAUCCUGGUGGCUCGCUGCCUUUUUCAUGAUCAUAUUUGAAACUUGCUGGAUUGCUGCUGUUGAAUUUUUUU